CUCCUCUCCUACCAGAGCUAUAAAAAGCCUCAGUGCCUCUCAGUGAGCAGCACACACAACAGACAGAGACAGAUUUCAGACGCAGCACUGACACCAGAUCGGACCUACAAAGAUGAAGAUGCCUCAACUUCUCAUCCUCCUCGUGACCAUUUUGGUGCACGCAGCAGUUGGUUUCCCCACUGACAGGAGGGGCCGGGAGAAACAGGCCUCGUGGGACGAUGUGAACGUGGUGGCCCACGGCCUCCUCCAGCUCGGCCUGGGGCUCAAGGAGCACGUGGACAAGGCCAAAGUCCAGAUGAGCGACAUCAACACCAAACUGAAGGCCUUCAACGGCACGGUGGCCGAGCUGGAGAGGAAACAGCGGGAGCAAGAUGAAGCUCUGAAGGCCAGAAGUGAGGGACCGGAGGAGAGUCAGAGGCUGGCGGAGCUGGCUGAGGAGGUGAAGAAGCAGACAGCGGAUUUAAACUCCAGGAUGGACUGGCUGCAGGGAGCGCUUACAGAAAGGAUGCUGGACAGCAACGACAGCGGUCACUCAGGAGUCCCAGUGAUCCAGCUGCUGCUGGCUCAGGACAAACGCGUGGACCAGCUGGAGGAGAAACUCAAGCUGCAGCAAGACAAACUGGAGAAGCAGAGUCUGCAACUACAAGCACUGCAGAACAAGAUUUCGCAUAAGAGAGUAAAGGCGCACAGGAGGAGACACGAAGAGAUGGCACUGAGGGGCGAGGCUCAGCAGAUCCACACAGAAUCAGGUUUGACCGGAGACGGUGAUGAUCUCCUCCUACGUGGGCAGCGAGCCAGCAGAGACAGGAGAAGCAGGAGGGAGCAGCUCAAGAAGCAGGCGGCAUCCUUCUCCACGGCCACAGAGCGAGAGAGCAACUCUCUGAACGCCGGUCAUCUAAAAAUGACACCGCCAUCCCCGAACCAUUAAAGCAGAGCGCUAAAGAGAGAAUGACUUUAACUUAAACGCUGAACUACUGAAGGACUGAAACCAGACUGAGUGUUUACACGCACAUCAUUGCUCUCUGCUGAUUCACUGCAGGGUCAGACACAUGGAUGCUAUGCCAUGCUAUAACUCAUUGUCUCAUUGGACAUGUUCAGUCAUAUUGACGGGUGUAACUUUAUUCCCUUUGUAAGGGAUUUAUCCAUUUGUUUUGUUUUGUACUUAAAUAAUGUGAAGUUUCUUAUUUUAUUUGGAUUUGUACAAAACUUUGAAUAUUUUAUAUGAAGUGGAUGGAAAUAAAACUUUUAAGUUUACCUUACCAGGACGUCCUGGCUCUUUGUUUGUGGUUGAAGAGGCUGAAUGACAUGACUCCAGGAAGACAGUCUAGACUUUGCUCUUUAUUUUAUAUUUCAGUGUGAUAAACAAAUAGAAUUAUUCACUUAUGAGGCAUUCAUUUCUGUCAUUGUGUGUGUCUGUAUGCAGUGAAACUUGGCUCCACAAAUGAGCAGCUAUUAAACUGCAUUUAAACCCGACUAUAAAAGUGAAGUUGAAGCCAAAUUGAAUUGAGGCCAAACGAUUGGAGCUACACAAGUUUUGAUGCCACCUAGAGGUGGGAGCAAAGAUUUGGCCACUUUACGCAUUGCUAGAAGCAGGUUGGACACUAGUUUUCCUUCAGAACGGCUCAAAUUCAACAAGCUGCUGAAACCAUUCCUCAGAGAUUUGGUCCAUGUUGUCCUGGCAGCAUCACACAGUUACUGCUUGUUAGUUGCACAUCCAUGGUGUAAAAUUUCUAGUUCAGCAACAUCGCAACAGAUGUGGGAUUGGAAUGAGAUCUGGGGACUGUUGAGGUUAUUUGAGUUCAGCAUAUUUAGUGUCAUGAUCAAGAAAUAAGUUUGCGAUGACCUCAGCUUUGUGUCACAGUGUGUUAUCCUGCUGGAAGCAGUGUGGUCAUAAAGGGACAUGAUCGGAAACAAGACUCAGGUAGGCUGUGGUGUUUAAACAGGGCCCAGUUGAUACUAAGGAAGAAUAUUCCCCUCACCAUUACAACAGCAGCAGCCUGAACAGCUGAUACAAGUUGGGAUGGAUCCAUGUUUUCAUGCUGUUUAGUGCCAACUGUGACCACCACCCAAAUGUCAGACCAGGCAACAUUUCAUCAAUCCUUUGUUGUCCAGUUUGUGUGAGCUGGUGGGACCCAAAGCCCCAGUUUCCUGUAGCCCAUCAGCUUCAGCACGUGUCAGACACGUGCAUCCAGAGGUGCUCAUCUGUAUACCUUCCCAACAAGUGGUUAUCUGGAGUCACUGUUGCCGUCAUAUCAGCUCGCAGCAGUCUGGCUAUUCUCCUCUUACCUCUGAUAUCAAAGCAACAAGAUAUUUUCACCCAGAGAACUGCUGCUCACUCGAUAUUUUGCUCCUUUUCAGGCCAUUUUCUGUAAACCCCAGAGAAGGUCGAGUAAUACUCAGACCAAGCACCAACAACCAUGUGCAAAAUCACUUAAAGUCACCGUUCUCAUGCUCACUUUGAACAUCACUGGGUUGCCUUGACCAUGCCUACAUGCCUAAAUGGAUUA